GCGCGGUGUCUGUGGAUUUUUCCCAGGACCCUUGAGCACUAGUUCUCCCCAGUUUGGGGGUGUCCCCCCAGCCAUGACAUCCCCCAGGAUUCAAACAUGGAUCAGCCACUCGGGCCCAAAGCUGGAAGUUUUCAUCCCAUUCCUGGGCAAAUACCACCACCCUGUUUCGGGGCGCUGCUGCCAGACCUGCACCCCCAGGAGCUGGGAUGGAUUCUAUCCCAAGGAUCUCGCUGCUCUCGGGUUCCGCGAUGUCAGCCGUGUGACGGAGACAGACACGCGGUUCCGGGGCUGGCUGGUCCGUAGGGUCUGUGGAUUCCUCGCAGCCUGGGAAUGGGAAAUUCCAGCAGAGACCCCCGGGGAGCUCCUGGUGCGGAUCUGCAGCAGCAGGAGGGUGCAAGAUGCUGCCUCUGGCCGGGACCCUGGAUCCGGAGGGGAUGAGGGAUCCCGGCGGCGCUGGAAGGAGGAGAUUUCCCGGAUCCUGGGGGAAAUCCAGGCCCCGCUCUCCCCUCUGCUGCUGAGGCUGUGCCACUGGCUGCUCCCCAAGCUCCUGACCCGUCUGUUCCUGAGCGUGCAGCUGCACCGGGGGCAGCUGGAGAUGGUGCUGCGAGCUGCCAGGACGGUACGGAGCAGGGGCCCGGCCGGGCACUCCCAGCCCCUGGAACGCUGGGCAUUCACCCCAGGAUCCCUCGCUUGCAGCCCGAGGUGCCGCUGGUGUUCCUGUGCAGUCACCGGUCCCAGGUGGAUGCGCUGCUCCUGUCCUUCGUGCUUCUCUCCCAGAGGAUCGGGCUGCCCAGGGUGAUGGUGGGCGCCUGGACAAGCCCUCGCCUCAGGUAAGGCAGCGUGUGGGAUAUUCCCAGAGGAUGCAGAGGGAUGCAGUAGUUGCCCACAGUGUCCUUCCCUCACCAGAUCCCUGCUCCAACGCCUAGGAGGGAUUUUCCUGCCUUCAGGAAUGGUACAUACACGGAGUGCCCGGGAUGAGGAGCUCCCGGGGGCUGUGCUGGAUAUGUACAUCCAGGAGCUGCUGCGGAGCCGCCAGCCCCUCAUCCUCUUCCUGGAGGAGCCCCCAGGCUCCCUGCAGCUGGCGGAGCCUGCCCGGUGCUGGCUGCUCCGCGUGCUCCGGGCCCUGCGGGACCGAGCUGUGCCUGACGUCCUCAUCGUCCCGGUGGGAAUUGCCUAUGAUGUGGCUCCCGGCACAGUGGAGCAGGAUGAAUUGCCCCCUCAGCCCCUUGGGAUCGGCACGUGUCUCCGGGCAGCGUUCCAGGCCCUGCGCCGGCACCCUGGAUGUGCCCGGGUGGAUUUCUCUCAGCCCUUCUCCUUACGGGAAUUUGUGGACAACAACCUCGUUGGGCCAGUCCUCACAGGGAAUCAUCCGGAGCAGCUGCUGCUUCCCACCAUCCUGGGCAGGCGCCCGCUGGAUGUCGGGAAUGUGGGGACUUUGAGUCCCAGCUUGGGGACUGAAGAGGAGACUUUGGUGACGGCGCUGGGGCUGCACGCACUGAGUGAUUCCAGCACUUGCUCUGCCAUCACGGCUGUGGGAAUCACUGCGGCGCUGCUGCUCCACAGACACCAGGAGGUGGUGCUGCUGCCCCGGCUGAUGUGGGAUUUCUCGGAGCUGCUGGAGCAGCUCCUGCUGCGGGGCCGGGCCGUGGGGUUCUCGGGGCAGCUGCGGGCGCUGCUGGGGCACAGCCUGCGGCAGCUGCAGCCCCUGCUGGCCCCACACCCGCCGGGGCCCCCCAGGGCUGCUCUGGGGCCCCCCAAGGCCUCGGCCCGGGCACAGCUGGGGCGGCUGGCAGCGGGUGUCCGGCACCACCUGGCCAGGGAGGCCGUGGGCGCCUGUGCCAUCCGUGCCCUGCUGCUGGAGGUGCUGCCAAUCCUGGGCCCCCCCUCCAGCCUCACCAGGAUCGUGCUGAGCCGGGAUGAGCUGCUCCGCAAGAUCCUGGAGCUGCUGCAGCUGCUGCCUCUGACCCUGCUGGGGCUCCAGCCCUGCCAGCCCACAGACUGCCACAGCCUGGACAUCCUGGACAAGCUCAUCCUUGGGGGGCUGCUGGAGGAGGAGGAGCCAGAGAGUGAACGCUGGGGUUGUGACGUGGCCCCCCAGGGCUUCUUGCGGGGACGUUCCUUGGGAUCCUUCACUGAUGACAGCGACAGUGACAGCGAGCACGGGGUCCCCAAGCAGUGCUACAAGCUCAGCGAGCCCCAGGGCUUCCCUGGCUUCCUCCUCUUCCUCUGCCGCCUCCUGAGCCCCAUCCUGCAGACCUACAGCCGGGCUGUGGAAUUCCUGGAGCGACCCCCCUGGCCCCAGCCCGAGGCAGACUACGUGGAGGCACUGCUGGAAUUCCUGGCUGAGGAUGAGGAUGGGUAUCCUGACAGGAGCCUGGCCCUGAGCUCCCUGCAGAGUUUCAAGGACAUGGGGGUACUAGAGGAGCUGCAGUCCCCCACUGGACGCCUCCUGCAGCUCUCCCAGCCUUUCCAGUCUGCUUUCAACCGAGAGAAACUGGGAGCCUUUAUCCACCAGUUCACCCAGCUGUAG